GGCGAACAGAAAAAAACCCGUGAUUGUGGUUACGAUACUGUUAAGCUAACAAAAUUCCAUCAAGCUAUAUCAUGUAUUGAACGCAAUGUACGAUAUAAAGUCUGCCGGAUCAUGAUAUCUAUGUAUAUUCAUUGUACAAGGGCCAGAUUCAAACGAUUUUCGAGGGAGAGUUGAAAAAUAUACGAACUACUAUAGUAAAGUUAUGCUAUCGUGAAAUUAGAUUCGUCAGUUAAAGGGGGGGGGGGAACCAAUUUAGGAGGCCGAAAUUCGAUUGUUUUUUGUGACUUUUUUUUAACUGAGAAAGAAUACUUAGAAUACGUUUAAACUUGCAGGUUAGUUUAUUUCUAUUUUGAACUACACUUUUAAAUUUAUCAAUGCCAUUUCCGCCGGAAGUGGUGGAUUUAGAGGGUGGUCUUCAUUGACGAUCGCCAUCUGAGUUGACUGCUGGCGGGACACCUGGAGGACACAGGUUUGAUCUGAAAUCAUUAAUUUUGUUUACUUUAGUUGUUAGUAAGCAUAUUUUCUAAGAAUAUGAACCAAGCUCUGGCCAAAAGAGUUGAAAAUUCAAUGUUUUGGAGGUGUUUGAACAAAAUGUUAUGUUUUUAUAUAAUUUUUUUCACCUUUCUUACAUAAAAAAAUAUAAUUUACUUAAUAUCAAUACAGAAUUUAGUUCAUAUUUUUCGGACUUAAAUAAAGGAUAUUCACACAAAUUUUCAGAACGAUUCGUCAAUAACUUUUUGAGCUAGGAUUCCAAGUUGAAAAAAAGUGCGCUUCGGCACUGAAUCGACCGUUUACCUUAGUGCUCAUAACAUCGUAACUAAUCGGAAUUUCGUUUUCGUAUUCUUGAAUAGUUGCACUAACAAUUUAUGCAAUGAAUAAAAUCGAUUUUUUUGUAUCAUCUAAACUGGCUGCCCCCCUUAACCAUAAAUCAUCAGGGUAGCUUCCAAAAGUGUGCCUGAUACUCGAAUCAGCGAACAAUGCCUAUAGAACUCUAAUAAGGACAAAUAAUUUUCAAAAUGAUAAACUAUUUGAUCUUUUUAUUUGUGUUGUGUGGCUUGAGGGUUUUUAUCGGAUUUUUUUCAUAUCGAAACUGAGCUCUGAAGAUUUACAUGACCUGUGUUGCGGUAACAACAGAUAAAAUUAGUUUUGAUUGUCCAAAUCAAUUCGUGGUUCUGUUUCCAAUAAAAAGCUCAAAAUCAAAGCUCUGAUUUUAUUGGUUUUGUUAGGAAUAACAACGAUUUGCAGUAUACCAGAUUUGUAUAUAAUAAAAAUGGACUUACUUCGAUUUACAAUACUUUAUUGAAAUUUUUCGAAAACACACGGAGCAAAAGAAUAAAAUAUCGUUAUUGUUAUGCGUGGCUCGAAACCAGUUUAAGUAACUAUUAGCUAAUUAGUAAAAUGGCAUUAAAUUGUAAAAGAAAAUGAGAUAAUUUACGUGAGAAAGCAUAACAAUUUUUACCCCAAUGACUAUUAUUACCCCGUAAGUAUUUGGGGCUUCUCGCAGUCAACAACCAAUUAUAUAUUCAUGUGCAUAAAUCUAGACUAAGUAGUUUGUAAUUAGCGAUUUGCUAGGCUUUGCAAACAUACAUACAUAUAUGUAUUAGUUUGUGUGUGUGAACAAAUAAAUGUGUUUAUGCGCUUUGCAAAUUAAGUCCCAUUACGGAGUGAAAAUUUUCCAAAAUUCGAAUAUGUGACCCAAUCGUCAUAAUCACGAUUGAACGAGAUCAACGACUGUCUAUCGCCCUGUCUGCCUGCCUGUUGGAUACCAUACAUAAAUAUAUACAAAUGUAUGUAGGCACUUUAGAGUCCACUAGAAUAUCAGCUUAUUAAAUCCAGUACAGUCGAGCUUUAUGUGUGGAGCACGAUUAAGACGAGUUUAUUCUGUACAGUGUGCAGCUAAUUGUGUGUGCGGUCCAUACUAGUAACUAUGCGCAUUCUAUGUACAUAAGUCCAACAUGAUAAUAAUAUACAAAUUGCACUUGAAUACCCGCUCCUUCAGCGCAGCCAUACCACUUAGUCACCAGAUGAACAAACCCACAAAUGACCACCUAGGUAUAUGCAUAUGUAUGUAUGUUAUAUGUAUGUACAUAUAUAUGUAUUUAAUAGCACACAUACUUAACACAUACAAGUACAAUUUGCGUGUACAUGCAAUGCAGAGCACACAUGAUGGAAUUGGCUCCGACAUCACCCACUCAGUUGACAUGGACGCACUUGUUUUUAUCGGACAAACUAUAUAAGGCAAAGUUUUAUUUGAAAAUUUUAUCAGUCAAUUUUUGUAUUUCUCAGCAUUUACAAUUGCGAUUAGCAGCCAACUGAGACAUCCUUAGAGAGAACGAGCCUUUUCAACUGGAAUCAAGUAUUAUUUUAAUAAACACAAUGAAAUACAUCAUCGCUGUUUUACUCGCCGCAUUGGUGGCAAUGGCCGCUGCCGAGGAGUACAAGAUACGCAAUCAGGAUGAUUUAUUGAAGGCGCGCAAAGAAUGCAUGGAAGCGAAGAAGGUGCCCACCGAACACAUUGAGAAAUUCAAGAAAUUCGAAUUUCCCGAUGAUGAGGUGACGCGCUGCUACAUCGAGUGCAUCUUCAACAAAUUCCAACUAUUCAGCCCCACCGAAGGUUUCAAGACACAAAAUCUGAUUGCACAACUCGGCCAGAAUAAGGAGAAUAAGGACGCUGUGAAGGCUGAUAUUGAGAAGUGUGCCGAUAAGAAUGAACAGAAAUCGGAUUCAUGCACAUGGGCAUACCGUGGAUUCAAGUGUUUCAUCAGUAAGAAUUUACCGCUGGUGCAGGAAAGCCUCAAGAAGAAUUAAAUGCAUUCACAGAUGACGAGAAGUGAGCGUGUAGCCGGUGCCGAAAAUGACAUAAACCACCAACACAAACACCACCACCUAUAGCAACAGCACCAUCAACAAUAACAUAAACAACAACUGUAAUAAGCUUUUACAUAAUAUUUAAAAAAAAAAACUAGUGCAAGGCAAACCACAGUAGUGAGCAAACAACUGCAACUGCAUCAGAACCUUAGUAAAGCCAGGUAAAUCACAAGAGCGUAGGCGCACCGGCGGUAAACAACUGAAAUAAAGUAAACAUUCAAGCUCAUGUAUGUAAUAAAUAAUAAAGAUAGAAUAUACAUUUGCAAUAGUACGGUUGAAUCAUCUUGAAACGUCCUGUUAUUUUCGCAUUUAACUACUACAAUUUUUUUUUUGUUCACACAUCUAUGUAUUAUGUUUCAUUCGUUCGAUGUUAAUUAACUUUCACGAAUAAAAAGGAAAUUAAUUACAAUGUGCAAAA